UCAAAGCCAACGAUUCACAUAUCCAACGUAAUCGGGUUCUAUGUAAAAAGGACUUUUAUUUUUUCUGCCACCCAACUUUUGCAAUAUUGGACGAACUUGGUAUCCAGAAUUAUUUCAAACGAAUCUAUUGAACAUAGUCAUUUCCAUCGAACAGAAUAUUGAUUUACCUUCAAAGAAGGGAAAAAAUACGCAGAAAAUUCCGUUACGAUGAACAUGAACUACAGAAUACACCAGAAAAACAGCUACAAUUCAGAUUGAUUUCAUCUAAUUUGUUUUACAAUUCCACAGCCAAAAGCCAAAGUACAAACAUUUCAUUGGAUUAUUCUGAAUACGGAUUUUUUUUUUCUCGACGAAUUUCGAAUAUUGUUUCCAUAACGAAAUUUCACUGAUUCAAUUCGUUUUCAUUUCAACGCGCGCAUGUAUUUCCUUUUAAAAAAUAAUAAUGAUCGAUGGAAUUCGUACGGUUGGCAAAAAUAUGCGGUUUGCCAUAUAUUUUGCAAGGCAAUAACACAAAUUUCAUUUCGUCGACGCUUUAGCAAGCAAACAUUUUCCAAAUGAAAAUUUAGUGAACGCGAUGAUUUUGUGUUCCAUGUUUGUGCAAAAGAUGAGAGCUGCGCCACGAUUCUGACUGGUGAAAUGUAAAAUGACUUUUGUGUAUGUUUUUUUUUCUGCAUAUUUAUGAUAUAUGCGACUAAAGCGAGAGUAUCAUUUGAGCAGAGAAAGAUAUAAAAAGGAAGUGGGAUGGAAAAAGAUAACUCAUGACUUAUGAUACAAAAACAGCUGCAAGGUUUUUCCCUCCAUCCAGAAUCAUAUCUCAACGAUUUAUGUCUUGUGUCUGUGUAUAUUUCUACUGUGCACAGCGAAUGAAUAUAAAAUGUAUAUUUAUGGUAGUACAUUAAAGCCUAUUCAACUAGUUGAAAUCAUUAACAUAAGCAAUGACACGAUUUAUUCGGUGAACGUAUCGCCGUGGCAAAAACUCAUGCAGACUACGCAAUUAUAACGAGGCGAACGAGGAGUGUGUUUAACCAAAAUCCCAUAAUAUAUUACAUUACACUUUUCGGUAUAUAUAUAUUCCAAUGACUUUACAAGUUUUCAAGUAACUCUGAACAUCGUGAAAACGUAAUUUUCAGAGUGCGCGCACUUUAUGCAGAAAGCAGUAAAAAAAAGUGCAAGUUGGCGUAACGAACUGCAUUUUCAUUAUGAUUGAUGUUGCAUUUAUGAUUUCUGGAAACCUCCACAACUCAUUAACUUUUUUCGUAAUAAACUUUUUAUAUUAGAACGAAACUGGAUCUGUUCACAUUCAACGCUGUGGUCAAAAUAAGUUAAAUAUAAUUAGGUGGCGGUAAAAACGUAAGUGAUACGUUGAAGGCGAAGUUAUUUGCGUCAAUGGCUUGUAGUCGAUCACCACCGCCAAGUCCUCGCGCACCAAAAAUUCAACAGCAAAGUUGGGACGACUGUGCAACACCAUCAGUCGAUCUGUUCGACCCGAGAAAAACGGCGCGCGAUUCACCGAAAUCGAGAAACAGCUUAAACGCAUCGUCACAAGAUUCAAAUGAUUCGCCAAAGUCAUAUCGAGAUCAAAAGAGCCCGAAAUCACCACAGAAAUUCACUUAUGGCACUAAAGCAACGGACACACCAUCCUACUUUGAUGAAAUGCAGCAUUUUAGCCUUGAAGAGCCACCACGUAGUCCGAAAAUUACGUAUUCAACACCGUCGCCCACAUCUAGCAAAAUGGCUUGCGUCGCUGAUAUGCCGGGAAAUACAUCACCAUCAAGCGGUUACUUCGAGCAACGAAGCCCCAAAUAUUUAACGCAUCAAUCAUCACCACGGAAAUUUGUAUUCGACGCGGUAAGCCCGCGACGUGAAUCCAUCGCUAGUAGUUCGGGAUUUAGUGUAGCCACACCAAAUGACACCGUUGACAUGCAUGAAUUUGAAACAACAUCCCCAAUCAAUUCACCGUAUCGAUUCCCAUCAUCGAUGACACACUCGAUAAAACUUAAGCGCCAAUCAUCAUUGCACUAUAAACGAACGCAGCAAUACCAUCAUCAACCACCACAGCACGAACUAAUGCAUAAACAGCACCCAAACAAACAUUCACCAUCAAAUUUUGAUCUGAUAAAACAAUCGUCCGAACCAUUGCAUUCAUCAACGCCGCAUUCAACUCUUAUUACAGAUUCGUUGAUGUAUUCUAGCAAUGGACUCAAACAGCAGCACCAACAGCAGCAGCAACAGCAGCAGCAGCAAUCGUUUUCUUCGUCAUCGCCACAGCAACAACAGCAACAGCAGCAGCAGCAGCAGCAACAGCAGCAGCAGCAGCGAAGACAAUCAAUAUCGUAUGAGGCAGCAUCGGAAACAAGUGCGGCGACCACGGCACUAUGCGGCGAAAGCACCACUACCACUGAUACCAGCCGUCAAAGUAGCUCUGAUUGGCGCUGUCAAGCCAUGAAUAUUACUUCUAAUCCAAGCUAUCAGGCCUUGCAUACGUCGCAUUCAACGCUGGAUCGUACAUGCUCAGAUAGUGUGAUGUCUUUGUAUUGUCGAAAAUCAACAAGUGACCUGACUGCCGUAACUGAAGGCAACGCCGGAGCACCUGUAGCAUCGCAUCAUCGACGUCGUGGCAGUUCAAAAGGUGGACUGGCAUUCUUAGCAAACCGUCGCAAUUCACGUGAUUCCAUCAAAAGUGGUGCGUCGAAUUCAUCAUUAUUCUCAAAUGAAGAUGUUGGACCGUUAGCAUUUCAAACAUCGGCACGAGGACGUCAACGGCGCACUUCAAAUUUUCUCGAAUUACCAGUUCCGGAUCACCAACGGCCUCGGGUUUGCUCUUUGCCAGAUCGACCAUAUAAUCCUCGUCAAAGUGACGAUUUGUAUCGCUUGCGCACAUUCUCCAUCAGCAAGGGAACCGUUGUCAAUUGUGGUGAUUCAAUAAUAUCACGUCGGUCUCGCAGUAACACCAGCGUCAAUUCGACAACUAGUCGAGCAAGUGAACGAUCACCAUUUGAAGGGUCUUGCUGCGGAAAAGGAUAUACGACGGUAGAUUCGCUGCCACCGUCGCCAACCGAAAGUGGAGACAUCCCACCGCCACCAAGAUAUCGUGUGGUGCUUUUUGGGGAUGCUGGGACAGGUAAAACGGCUUUGGUCUCACAAUUCAUGACGUCCGAAUAUAUGCACACAUACGACGCAAGCCUGGACGAUGAAUUCGGCGAAAAGACUGUUUCCAUAUUACUGGAUGGCGAGGAAAGUGAAAUCGUUUUCAUAGACCAUCCAAGCUCGGAAAUGAGUGUGGAAAAUUCACUGUCAACUUACGAACCACAUGCAUGUGUUAUAGUUUACGCUAUAACACAACGCUCGUCAUUUCAACAGGCUGAAAAUAUAGUAAAGUACUUGUGGCGCGAGAAUGUUACAAAGGAAAAAGCGGUGAUUCUCGUUGGUAACAAGGCCGAUUUGGCACGUUCACGUGUUAUACCAACGGCAGAAGGUAAGGUAUUAGCCAAGUCCAUCGAUGCAAAAUUUAUUGAAACAUCAAGCGGAAUCCAGCACAACGUAGACGAAUUACUCGUAGGCAUUUUGAAACAGAUUCGCCUAAAAGAGACACGUGACAAAAAAGCUGCCGCUCAAAAUGCCAUGAAAAUGCGUAGCUCGCGUACACACAUAUCACUUCAUUUGGCUAAAGAAAUUUUACAGAAAAUCUGUCUCAGUGACAUCACCAAAUCGAGGAGCUGUGAAAAUCUGCAUGUGCUGUAAGGCCGCCAACAUCCCUGGGAACUGUCUACGCAGUUGGGAGCUUGUAUUAACACGUUCCACCGCCAGCUAUGCAUACGGAAAUGUAUGUGUUGCGUCAUUUCGAACUGACAAACUGAUAGCAUUUCGACUGAAUCGCCCUUUUCAACAUGCAGCUAUCAGAAACCAAAAUAAACACUUUUAGACAAAAUGUCAAUAAAUAGUUAAUGGUUUUUAUAAAUGUUUGAUAUGCGUGUUUAUUAUUAAAGAAAAAAAAAUAAGCUUAGAAAGAAGAGUGACUCAAAUUCUAUGUGUGUUUUUCUUUUUUUUUUUAUUAAAAAUAAAACCAAAGUGGUAAACAAUUUUGAAAAUGGAAAUGAGCACUUUUUAUAUCAAAUCGAUGCAUUUUUACCUCGAUGGUGCACACUAUAAAGCGAAUAAAGCAACUCAGCGCAAAAUUAAUGAUAAACUAUUCAUCAAGUCAAGUGAUUCUAAAAUGUAUUGAAUGUGUUUUUUCAAUGCAAGUAGUUAAGUUCAAAGUGAUUACAAAGUAUAUACCUAGAGAGAGAGAGAGAGAGAGAGAAAGAGAGAUAGAGAGAGAGAGAGAAGAGAGAAAAGUCAUAUAUGUAUUUUAUUGAUCUAUUUUUUUCAAUAAAACACCGUCGAGUAGUGAAUACUUUAAAGUGGAAGAGAGUCAGCAAUUCGAUUCAAUUUCGAAAAGAAUGAGGAAAUAUCAAUUUGAAGUAUUAGUUGAAGAUUGAACGGAUGUUCAUAUAGAAUAGUGGCACGUGCCACGUGAAUUGCCUUGCAUCGGCAUAUCUCUGCACAAAUGUAUACAGCAUUCAAUUUUCAUUUUGAUGAAAAACCAUUUCGCCAUAAACAUUUCAUAUGAUAUCGGCAUUUAUCGAAUCGAACAUAUUAUUUUCCCCGAAAACUAUACAGUGCUCGUUGUUAUUAUCAUUUUCCCAGAAGAAAACUUUACCAUUCAACGAGUUCACGUUUGCUUCCAAGUUCAGUCGAUCUGUACACUUAACAUGCAAUCACACUUACAUAUCUCAAUACAGGAUUACCGGGAAAAUGUUUCUCUGCGAAUCAUUUUGGGUCCUUAAACAUUGCAACAAGGAAUUUUCAAACAUCGAGACAAUAUAUUAACACAAGUGUAUUCUAUUUCUGUGAAAAGUUUCUCAUUUCAAAUCAAUUAUUAUCGUUCGAUGCUACUUGUUCGUAAGAAACUUAAACUAUUUGGAAUAAAUCGUGAGACAUUGAUUAUGGAUGCGUUGAACAAACAAAGUUUAGAUUAUUUGAAUUGAAAGCAUGCAUUUGACCAUUGAAAAAAGUAUCAUUGCUUAUUGCUUCUCCCUUGUCAAACAAUAGUAACAAACAAAUAGAAUAGAAAAAAUGGUUUCCCGAUUGUGCUGCAGCCAUCGGCCUAAGCUAGUUAAUUUUGAUCAAAGUUACACACUCGAGUGUUUACUAUCCACAUUUGGAACAUUUGCAAACACAUUCAGCAGUUUUCAUUUUUCCAGUGUUUUUUCUGUGUGUGUGUGUGUGUGUGUGUAUGGUUCGGAAUGGACAUUGGUUGAGAUGGAAAAUCCAGUGCUUUAAUUAAGGAAAUAUUUUAGGCAUCGGAUAGUAAUAAGAAUAGUAUUGACAACAAUCUAUUUAUUCAAUUAUUCAUUAGGUCAGCAAGAUAUUUGUAAUUAUUACGGAAAGCGAAUGAAGCAAAAAAAAAGAUAAACAAAAUCCACAUCAAGUAAGGUAUCAAUCAAUCAAGAAUAUCAUGUUUGUAGACGUGAAUGGAAACAGCCUAUCAAAAAUUCCAAUCAACAGCUUUGGUGUCAUAUUAACAUUUUGGUUGGGUUUUUGUGGUACGCCAUUCAUCGAUGAAUACCUCGUGCAUCGGAUGAGAUAACAUUAGCCGUAGCAAACAUAAUUCGAAUAAAUUGAUGUGAAAUUUUUUGAACGGUUUUUGUGUAAUUAUGAAGAACUCAUGGUGAGUGAGAGUGAGCAAGAGAGCUAGAUGGGAGUGCGUUAACCGACAACUAUUGAUUAGAUUAGAGAAACAGGGAAAUUCACUCUAUUGUUACUCUGUUGUGAUAAAAACCAAAAUUCAGAUGAGAGAUGAUUUUUUGUUGGUAUCGUGACUGCUAUAAAUGGGAGAAAAAAAAAGACAAUCAUACUAAAUGGAGCGAAUGGUUGGAAUAUGUGUUGAUUUAUUAAUUCAAUUAUUAUGGUUUAUCAAUAGUAAUAAUAAAUGCAGUGGCUAAGUCAGAAUAAAAUAUGUAUAUUUAAACAUAUUUCAACUAUAUCAUUGUUUUUUGUUUUCGAUGUGUUCGAAUCUCUACUGAAAAAGACAAAAACAAACAUCUAGUGAGUAAAAGCUAAUUUUAAGAAAUUGAAGAAUGUCAAAAAUUAUCAAAUAUUUCUUUUCAAAUCAAUGUUUUGUUGUCAACAUUCAUCAAUGAGAGAAAAUGAAUAAAAAAAAAAUGCUACAAACAAA